AAAAUUUAUUGUAUCGUUUCAAAAGGAAUUAACUUAAUUAAGCGCAAUAAAACAUAAAAAAUUUAAUUUAAAAAAUGGAUGAAGACAAUUUCCCAGUAUUAAAAGCAAUCCAAGGAUGUGAUAUUUAUUCCGAAAUAUUUAUCAAAUCCAAAAAGUUUACAAUUGGAAGGGCAUUAGGUAAUAAUUUUGUUAUACCUGUAAUACAAUUAUCGAGAAAUCAUUGCGUAAUUAAUUGCGAUGAUGAAGGAAAAUGGUCUAUUACUGAUACAAGCUCUUUUGGUACAAUAAUUAACGGCAUUCGAAUUGAAAAAAAUGUGCCAAAACCGAUUGAAGAAGGAGAUAGUAUACAAUUUGGACCAGAUAGCAAUAGAUAUAAAUAUGCAUUUGAAUUCGUAAACACUUUAGAACCACCAGAGAAAAAAGCAAAAUAUUCAACUGGCAAUUAUGUUGAUAAAAUAGAAUUAGAAUCCGAAAAAAAAGAAUCAGAAAGAAGAUUAGAAAUUGAAAAAAAGGAAUCCGAGAGAAAGUUGCAAUUGUUAGAAGAGAAAUUAAAAGAAAAAGAACGAGAAAAUGAAGCAAUAAUAAAAAAGUUACAAGAAACUGAGGAGAAUCGUUUAAAAGAACUUGAAGAAUUGAAGAAACAACAAGAAAAUGAAAAAGCAGAAAUAUUAAAUCGAUUACAAGAUGAACUUAAAGCUAAAGAAGAUGCAAUUCGUUUAACGUUACAACAAGAAAGUGAAAAACUUGAAAGAGAAAAAGCCAUUAUCAAUGAAAAUAUCCAAAAAGAAUUGGCAAAAAAAGAGGGUGAAUCCGCAAAGUAUUUAGAAUCAUUACAAGAGGAGUUAGAUAAAGUAAAAAAAGAUUUAGAUACAGUAAACGGUAAAAAACAAAUGCUAGAAACAGAAUUAAAUAGUUUAACAAAUCAAUGCCAAGAAAAUCAAGAAUUAAUGUUGAAAACAAAAACUGAAGUGUUAUCAGAAUUGGGUGAUGUAAUGGAAACUGAAUUACAAUGUUCCAUUUGUAAUGAAUUGUUUAUUGAGACAACAACAUUAAAUUGUAUGCAUUCCUAUUGCCAAUUUUGUAUAUUACAAUGGCAAAAGAAACAAAAUAAAUGCCCAAUUUGUCGUAAACAUAUUAAAUCCCUAAAUCGAACCAUUGUCGUUGAUAGUUUUAUUAAUAAAAUUGUUGAAAGUUUGCCGGAAGAUAUGCGUAAAAAACGUUUGGAUUUAGUUAAUGAACGAAAACAAGAAGAUGCGAAAAGAAAAUUUACCAUGAAAUUCAAUAAAAAAUCUAAUAGCACAGUUCAGAGGCAUAACACAGUGAUUGUACCUGCUACAGUGAACGUAUCAAAUACUGUUGCUUCUACAAGUGUUUCAAAUAAUCGAAGAGUAGCUUCACGAAGAACAUAUGUUUUACGAAAUGAAAAUGCGACUAGUACGACUGUUCCAACAAUUGAUCUCACUAAUGUGCAAGAAGCAGCCGUUGUACCUGACGUUCCAGAUGCAUCAAACGUAGUUGUGAUCAGUUCAGAUCCAAAUACAAAUUUAAAUGCUACGGAUAUGGAAGUAAUUCGACAGUUUAUAUCCUCCAAUCAUGGUUUAUUUUUUUAAGUUUUAUAUGUAAUUUUUUCAGAGUUUAUGCUAUUUAUCAGAUGUACUUUCUUUUGUAUUAAAAUAAAAAAUAUUUUGUUUUCUAUAAAA